AUGGACUUGGAAAUUUACGUCUCAUUUCAAUUCAAAGAAAACAUUUUUGAUUUAUUAAAACAUGAAACAAAUGAUUUCUUUUCUAGGGUUCUUUUGGUUAUUGUGUUGGUAUUACUUGGAGUAUUUUUCGGAUUGGACACUGCUAAGAAACCUGAACGUUUUAUUUCCCUUGCUGGAUUGCUUGUGAACAUUCUCUUCUGUUGGAUUUUCUCAAAACACCCAAGAAAGGUUAAGUGGCGACCAGUUAUCUGGGGACUUGCUUUACAGUUUGUGUUUGGCUUGCUUAUUCUUCGUACCAAAUUUGGUUUUGAAGCUUUCAAAGGUGCAGGAAAUCAAGUGACAGCAUUCUUGGAUUACACCAGUGUUGGGGCUGCAUUUGUGUUUGGAGAAGGCUACAGAGAACAUUUCUUUGCCUUCCAGGUGCUGCCCAUUAUUAUUUUCUUCAGUUCAGUUAUCUCACUGUGUUAUUAUAUUGGUAUCAUGCAAGUGAUUAUCAAGAAAAUUGCGUGGCUUAUGCAGAAAACAAUGAAGACAAGUGGUGUGGAGAGUUUGAAUGCUGCUGGAAAUAUCUUUAUUGGACAGACUGAAGCACCCCUUAUGAUUAGACCAUUUCUUGAACAUGUCACAAUGUCAGAGCUUCAUGCAAUAAUGACAGGUGGAUUUGCUACCAUCGCAGGAAGUGUAUUGGCAGCUUACAUCGAGUAUGGUGUAUCAGCCUCUCAUUUGUUGAGUGCAUCUGUGAUGUCUGCGCCAGCCGCUCUUGCCAUUUCAAAGCUAAUGUACCCAGAAACAGAAAUUCCAGAAACUCUUGAUGAUGAAAAUAUUGAACUGCCCAAAGGAAAUGAAAGGAAUAUUAUUGAAGCGGCUGCCAAAGGUGCCAGUACUGCUAUUGCUCUUGUUGCCAACAUUGCAGCCAAUCUGAUUGCUUUCCUUGCCUUUUUGGCGUUUUUCAAUGGAGUCUUGUCGUGGCUUGGAUCAAUGGUUGGAAAACCAGAACUUAGUUUUGAGUAUAUUUGUUCAUAUGUACUACGACCAGUUGCCUUUAUCAUGGGUGUUCCUUGGGAAGAUUCAGAUGUUGUUGCAGAGCUUCUUGGUAUUAAAACAUUCCUAAAUGAGUUUGUGGCUUAUACACGGCUUGCUGGGUUUAUUGAUAACCGAAUAAAAAUGAAUGGCUUGCGCACAAUUUCGAUACGUUCUGAAAUCAUUAGCACCUACGCUCUCUGUGGGUUUGCUAAUUUGUCAUCCGUCGGGGUUGUGCUUGGAGGUCUGGGGCCCAUGGCUCCUAGUCGUGUACCGGACAUGUCCAAGAUAGCAAUCAGGACCCUUAUUGCUGGUACUGUUGCAUGUUUCAUGACUGCUUGUGUAGCAGGUGUCCUUUAUGAUGAGAGUUUGUACGAAGGUGUAGUUCAGAUAGCGACUGCAGCACCCAAUGCAACAGUUGCUCCAUAAAUUGCAGUGUACAGCCAUAUUGUAGAUAGCUAAUGCUUGGGCCUUUUCCUUCUUUUUUUUUGUACCCUACUGCAAAGCUAAAGAUCUUCAACAGACGACUGGGAAACUUAUUAACAAUAUUGCCGAAGUUAAUUGUUAUAAGUCAGUGGGACCUUGAUUUAAGCAUUGUUAUUUUCUGUAGACUUUAUUGAUCGUUUUCAAGGAAAGAAGGAGAUCGAAUUGUUUUGUUUACAAAGGCUUUCUGUCCUCAAAUGUUUCUUUCAACACUUUGAAGGUGAAUGCUGUGCAGGCUUUCGCUCUUAUGAUCUGAUUCACAACUCUUCCCUCUGACUGUCAUAAAUUUCCUCGAGAAAUUGGUAUUUUAUCAAAGUAAUGCCCUCCAGCUGGUAACGCUGCACAUUAUUGACUGCUUACUGGGUAAUGUAUCGAUGUUGUAGGGAGAUUUCACAUAACUGAAAGCAUUAGAGCACAUCAGCGCUUAUGCACGCUGAAGGAGAGUGCGUGGGGGUAUCUUUCUUUGCCAUAUGUAGGAAAUAAUAUUUUAGUUCACACUAUACUGUUUUGAUGCUGCUUUCAUGGUAAAUAGAAAAUUUAUGAGGAUAUCAAGUAAAUGUGUGUAAAUGUUCGUUGAAAUAGAAACAGUUUAAGGAGAAACAUUCGCUCGUAUUUAGUAACUCAGAAUUCAAAAGAGCUACAAUUAAGGGGAAAAUAAGAUUCAAACAAUUUAAAAAGUUUACUUUAAACCUGCUAGGAGAUUAGAUUUUUUCUCUUUUGAAAUAAAAUCCCUGGAUAUUUUUAAAAGACGAUUUCACAGUGGGGUAAUAUUUUUGGUAAAUACCGUCCUACAACUUAUAGCGUUCUUAAAACUUAAUGAAGUAAAUUUAACAAUAUCGUACGUUAUUAAUAAAAGAG